UGCAACCAACAUAAUGCUGAAGCUCCCAACUUGGAACAAACAUUUCACAGAAUGGCACAAACGGAACCUAAUCUGGACCAUGAUGUAUCAUGGUUCCUCCUUCCGCCAUACUGGGCAAAAGCGAUUGUGGCAUUAAUUUCCUUCCUCUGUUUUGCUAACAGCUAUGAUGGAGAUUUUGUCUUUGAUGAUUCUGAAGCCAUCAUCAAUAAUAAGGACCUCAGGGCAGAAACCCCACUUGGUGACCUGUGGCAUCAUGACUUUUGGGGUAGCAAACUCAGCAGCAAUACCAGUCAUAAGUCAUAUAGACCACUAACUGUCCUAACUUUCAGAAUUAAUUACCUUUUUGCUGGAGGCUUCUACCCAGCUGGUUUCCAUGUCAUCAAUAUAAUACUGCAUUGUACUAUCUCAGUGUUGAUGGUUGAUGUGUUCUCGAUUUUACUGGGUGGACUGCAAUUCAGUAAUAAAGGAAGAAGGCUAAACCUGGCUCCAAAGACAUCUCUUCUAGCUGCUUUGCUGUUUGCUGCACAUCCAGUGCACACCGAAUGUGUUGCCGGUAUUGUUGGCAGAGCAGACCUACUGUGUGCCCUGUUCUUCUUGUUGUCAUUCCUUGGCUACUGUAAAGCAUUUAGAGAAAAUAAGGAAGGACAUAAUUUUUCUAUAUUCUGGGUGCUGGUGAGUGUUAUCCUAGGUGCAAUAGCCAUGCUGUGCAAAGAACAAGGAAUUACAGUACUGGGUUUGAAUGCAGUGUUUGAUGCACUGGUGAUUAACAAGCUAAAUGUUUUGGAGCUUAUUCAAAAGUUACUACAUAAGGACAAGUCAUUGGAGAAUGCUGGACUGUUAAGAAAGGGGCUGCUUUUCAGGAUAACUCUUCUGAUGUCUGGAGGGGCCAGUAUACUUUAUAUACGCUGGAGGAUUAUGGGCACAGGGCCACCAGCUUUCACUGAAGUAGAUAACCCAGCUUCAUUUGCAGACAGUCUGUUUGUGAGAGCUAUAAACUAUAAUUACUACUAUUCGUUGAAUGCAUGGUUACUGUUGUGUCCCUGGUGGCUGUGUUUUGAUUGGUCAAUGGGCUGCAUACCCCUCAUUAAAUCCGUCAGCGACUGGAGGAUAAUUGCACUAGCAGCACUUUGGUUCUGCCUAAUUGGUCUGAUAUGCCAAGCUCUGUGCUCAGAAGACAGCCAUAAGAGAAGAAUUCUUACACUGGGACUUGGAUUUCUUAUUAUCCCUUUUCUUCCUGCAAGUAACCUGUUCUUCCGAGUAGGAUUUGUUAUUGCGGAGAGAGUCAUCUACCUCCCCAGUAUUGGAUAUUGUAUUCUGUUUACGUAUGGAUUUAGUCUCUUGAGUAAGCAAGCCAAGAAAAAGAAAAUUCUUGCUGUGGCAGUACUUGGAAUCCUGUUGAUAAAUGUUAUGCGCUGUGCACUCCGCAGCAGUCAGUGGAGGUCAGAAGAACAGCUUUUUAGGAGUGCACUGUCUGUGUGCCCUCUGAAUGCAAAAGUGCACUACAACGUUGGCAAAAACCUGGCUGACAAAGGAAAUCAAAGUGCUGCAAUCAAAUACUACAGAGAAGCUGUAAGGUUGAAUCCAAAAUACGUACAUGCCAUGAACAACCUUGGAAAUAUUCUGAAAGAAAGAAAUGAACUCCAAGAAGCAGAGCAGUUGCUGUCCUUAGCUGUUCAAAUACAACCUGAUUUUGCUGCUGCAUGGAUGAAUCUAGGAAUAGUACAGAACAGUUUAAGAAGGUUUGAAGAGGCAGAGCAAAGCUACUGGACAGCAAUUAAACACAGGAAAAAAUAUCCAGAUUGCUACUACAAUUUAGGGCGGUUGUAUGCAGAUUUGAAUCGCCAUAUAGAUGCAUUGAAUGCCUGGAGGAAUGCUACAGUUCUGAAACCAGAGCAUAGUUUGGCUUGGAAUAAUAUGAUUAUAUUGCUUGAUAACACAGGCAAUCUAGCUCAAGCAGAAGCAGUUGGAAGAGAGGCCCUGGAAUUAAUACCUAAUGAUCAUUCCCUUAUGUUUUCAUUGGCAAAUGUGCUGGGGAAAUCACAAAAAUACAAGGAAUCUGAAGCUUUGUUCCUCAAGGCAAUUAAAGCCAAUCCAAACGCUGCCAGUUAUCAUGGUAAUUUGGCUGUGCUUUAUCAUCGCUGGGGAAAUCUUGACUUAGCAAAGAAGCACUAUGAAGUCUCUCUGAAGCUUGAUCCUAUGGCACCCGGGACCAAGGAAAACUACAACCUCCUAAGAAGAAAACUGGAACAAUUGCAAAAGAAAGGCGGUGCCUGA